UCGACAACUCCCUGUAGUCUGCUGCGUACCUCAUCAAAAGUUUGUCUCACACAUCUUCCGUCUUUCAUAACACUCCGUUAUCCCUAAUGAUGAGCUUCGAGAUCUUGUAAACGCAUUUUGAUUGAGUAUUGUCAAAUGUUUCCCUUUGCAGUGAUAAUCUUUUUUGUUGUUGUCGGAUUCGUGUACAGAUUGUACAAGUCUCGGAAUUAUGUCUCAGAAAACUUUAUUCACAAUAUUCGCUAGUGCAUGUCUAGUUGCUAUAGUGGAAGCCGAUUCCGAUGAGCAUCCGGAAACAUGGGACGACUACUGGGAUAACCAUUGGGAAGAAUUUGAUGAGCUCGUUGAAACUGGGGGGUACGUGGACAAGACCCCACUUUUGAAAUGGUUCAUCUCUCGACGCCGUCAUUUGGCCCUUCUUGCUCCACCGAAACUCGGCCGAACCACCAACCAGCUCAUGAUUAGGAGAUUCUUUGAAAAGGAAGUUAUGCCCUUGGAUGCGAAUUACAAACCGACAAUAAAAAAACCCGAGACAUGGAACGAAACCGUGUUCAAGGACUUGGCGGUGUGCGAGGACCGGAAGUUUUGCGAUGAUCAUUUUCGGGAAUACCCAGUCAUCUAUUUGGAUUUCAGCAACCUCAACACAACGACAGAGCUAUCGUUUUUUCACAGUAUACGAUACCUUACAACCUACAUGUGGAUGGACCACGACUCUCUUCGCAACAGCAAAGCACUCAGCGAGAAAGAGUAUAAAAUGUUGACUUUUCACUGUAAUAAAAAAUAAAUAUUCCUUUUUCUUAUUUUUCCAAUUGAAAACUCACACAGUCAAAGUUCCUCCUCGACAAAAUCUGUUUCAUUGUGAAGGCAAUAUUUCAAUACAUGCCGUCAUCCCUUA